ACCCUCCGGUACGGAGUACCUCGCCAGGGGGGCCCUGCAACAUCAAUUUAGUAUUUCCUUGACAUCAUGUCCUAAUUUGGACAGUGGGGAAAUCGGGAAUUCUGGCUUGUUUAGCUGCCUCUUCCCGUUGUUGCUUGUGACCUUGGGCACGGUUAAUCUUCUCGUCUAUAAAACAGGAAUAAGGGUAUAAAUCUCCUCAUUUUUUUUGGAGGGGGGAAAGGAAAAACCGAACAAAGCAAACUACCACGUUAAGAAAAAUGUUUUGGGAAAUAAACCUGUGCAGCAGGGUUUAAUAUUACAGCAGUGGACUAAGAAAAAUUGCUGUCACAGGAAUCUUUGUUUCUUCUCCGAGGCCUAAAAUAAAAAGAAUUACACAACUAUGGAUGACUGGGUUGCAGUUGAAAAACCCCUCAGAUCCUUCAAGGAAUCAUCAUAGUUUGGCUAUCCUGUUGCUUGGACGUUGCCCCGAUGUCUUACUGCAUAUACCUUAUUCUCCUACCGUGAUUUCUGUACAACUGUAAAAUUUGCAGGAUUGGCAUUGUCUUGCGUGUCGGCUUGUGUAGCUCUGUCAUAAUGCCUCCACGGCUUAUGGUUAUGACAAGCAGUGGUGGGUAUGACAGGCUUUGACAGCAGCUAUUUCUAAAAUACUCGAUAUAUUCUGCAAACUCUCAAACCAUGAGGAAUGGGUUAAAUCCAGAGAAAUAUGAGUUUUACGUCCUGCCACAUAGAAAUGAGUACUCUGCUUUUGAAAAUUGUGGCAACUUAUGAAACAUAACAAGUCAGAAAGGGGGAAGAGGUGGAACUUGCAGGGGCUAAGGUAGGUUAACUGCAAAUGUCUGGAGGGUAAAACCGACCUCACUAGCUAAUGCGUAUGUUAUGUUUGGCAGUGUAGGCAGUAUGAGAGGUUCUUCCAGUGCACAGCUGGCAUUCCAAAAUAAUUUGUUAGCUAAAGCUGCUUGUUUACAGAUAGUGAAGUACUGGUUGUCUGUAAUAUAGAUCAUAUGCGUGAUGAAAAAUCCAUGCUUCUAGCUGAAGGUGUGUGGUUGUCUAGAGGCAGAGAACAUGAUUCCUUCUCUCUGCAAUGCUUGCAUAAAAGAUUGAAGGCUGUUGUGGGAAAGGUGGUGGCAAAGCUUGUGCAAAAAUCCUUACUAGCUACCGUUGGGAUUUUGGGUGGAGAAUAAGACAGCAGUUAAAAUCUGAAGAAUCUUAGAUGAUGUGAGAAACUCCUACUUCAGCAUUUGACUACUGCUCUGGAACUGAUAUUGCUGCUGGAGAGGAGGUUGCAAUUAAGUUGGAAUGUGUGAAAACCAAACAUCCUCAGCUCCACAUCGAGAGUAAAAUCUACAAAAUGAUGCAGGGUGGAGUGGGCAUUCCCACAAUUAAGUGGUGUGGAGCUGAAGGGGACUACAAUGUAAUGGUGAUGGAGCUGUUGGGACCGAGUCUUGAAGAUCUCUUCAAUUUUUGUUCAAGGAAAUUUAGUCUCAAGACAGUCCUAUUACUCGCUGACCAAAUGAUUAGUCGAAUUGAAUACAUUCACUCUAAGAACUUCAUCCACCGAGAUGUGAAGCCAGACAACUUCUUAAUGGGCCUUGGGAAGAAAGGCAACCUUGUCUACAUAAUAGACUUUGGAUUAGCAAAGAAGUAUCGAGACGCUCGAACUCACCAACAUAUUCCAUAUCGUGAAAAUAAAAACUUAACAGGAACUGCCCGUUACGCAUCCAUCAACACUCAUCUUGGAAUCGAGCAAUCUCGCAGAGAUGACUUGGAGUCCUUGGGCUAUGUACUGAUGUAUUUUAACCUGGGCUCCCUCCCCUGGCAGGGACUGAAAGCAGCAACAAAGAGGCAGAAAUACGAACGUAUCAGUGAAAAGAAAAUGUCUACACCCAUUGAGGUUUUGUGUAAAGGAUAUCCUUCUGAAUUUGCCACAUACUUGAAUUUCUGCCGUUCUUUGCGUUUUGAUGACAAACCGGACUAUUCCUAUCUAAGGCAAUUAUUCAGAAACCUCUUCCACCGACAAGGGUUCUCCUAUGACUAUGUGUUUGACUGGAACAUGCUGAAAUUUGGUGCCAGCAGAGCGGCUGAAGAUGCUGAACGUGAAAGGCGAGAACGAGAGGAAAGAUUGAGACAUACACGAAAUCCAGCUAUGCGUGGAUUACCCUCCACUGCUUCUGGCAGGCUGAGAGGAACACAAGAUGUAGCUCCUCCUACUCCUCUUACCCCAACCUCACAUGCUGCCAAUACCUCUCCUCGGCCAGUAUCUGGUAUGGAACGAGAAAGGAAAGUGAGUAUGAGAUUGCAUCGUGGUGCCCCAGUAAAUAUCUCAUCAUCUGACUUAACAGGCCGACAAGAUACCUCUCGCAUGUCAACUUCGCAGAUUCCUGCUCGGGUAACUACCAGUGUUCUCCAGUCUGCUGUGCACCGAUGAAAAUUAUUUUGCCAUGGAGGGCAGAUAAUGCAUGGCUGAUCUCCUAUGUUACCAAUGGCUUUACUAGCAAAAAUACCCUAAACUAGAGCGGAAACGUUACAAUUGGAGUUCUCCAUGUGACUUAAAAAGCACUUGGAGGAACAUGGACAGACUCCAGCAGCUGCCAUUACAGGACGCUUUUGCCAGAAACCCAAUGACCUUAAGAGAACCCUGUGGUAACAGGGCUGGAAAAGAAAGACGGUUUACAGAGUUGACCGCCUGUUUUCGGAUGGCCAUUUCAGUUUUCCCUCCACAGGCGGCAGACUUUACCCCCUUUUUAUUAUUCUACUGUAACUAUAAAUCUUUUACUUGGUUUAAGAAAGUUUUGUAUCAUUUUGCUAAAAUUAUUGGCUUAUUUCUCUGUAAGGAACUCUUGCUUUUGUCUGAUUUAAAAAUGUAGAAUAUAAACCUAAAGACAAUUACUUGAAAUUUCUUGUUUUAAAAAAAAUAGUCUGGCAGGGAACAUGUAAAUGAAUCAAAAUUAUCUGACUUUAUUUAAACUGUUUACUUAUUUGUAUGGUCCCAUUCUGAGAUUGUUUUCUCAUGAAAUUUUUAAAACUCUUAGAAUUUUACUUUGCUGUUUGCUGUCUUCAUUCACAUUUAACUUUCUGUGUAACACAAAGGGAUUUUUAGUAUUCAUUCUUUUUCAUAAAAGAGAACUAAAUACCCUGCAGAAGAGACUUUAGUAAAGAAGGUGAUAAUGGAUUUCUUGUUUUGUAAAGAAUAUGAAGGACAAAGUGAAAGACUGGCAUCUGAGGGAUUUAGAAUUUGAAAGCUUGUCUUAUCUCUCUGCUUAGUUUGGGUAAAUGGAUAGUUUCAAACAUUGUUUUUAUUGGUAAAAUUGUAUUUCCUGCACUCUGAGGCUGGUUAGCUUGGAGGGCAUUGCAAGUGGAAAAUACACAUUGCUACUGAGUCUUCAGUGAAUUUGAAUGUUUCAUUCAGCAUCUAUGUUUAAAAAUAAAUAAGUUGAUUCAGGCCUUCUGUUUCAUGCCACGACUCAAAAAAGGAGUUCUUAUAAAAAAAAAAACAAAAAAAAAACCCCAAAAAACCCAAACCCAAACAAAACCAAAUCAACCUAUUCUUGCUGUGAAGUCCUGAGAAUUUCCACAAUUCAGGUACAUACCGUAUUUAAUUCUUAACUAUUCAACCUGAGUAGCUAGGAACGGAUGACUCAACGUGCUUAGGUUGUCCAAAAAAAAUAUUGCAGGUGUUGUUAGCACCUGUUGGUUAUGGAAUAUGGGAGAUUGUUCGUAUUGUUUGUUACUUUAAAUGAUCUCAUAAAAUAAAAAGUACUCAGAACUGUAUCAGAAGUACUGUUUAUACUAGUGUGACUGAAGUAAUGGGAAGUUCCACGUUGGAAAUGGAAAGUAUAUACAGAGACUUUGUUUGAACAGUUAGGUAUCUUGAGAAAUUCUUCCCUGCUUGAAAACCAAAUUUUUUUUAAAGGCCUACUGGUCUUCAGAGUUUUAUGAAAAGUAAUUUUUAUUGGUUUAGUGUCUAUGAAUUCUGUUUUGCCCCUCUCGAAGGUCCACAUAUUAUUAGUCACUCUUCUUUGGAUGUUUUCAGAACAUUAGCUACUUGCUUGUGUGUACUCUGGGUCUGACUGGGGAAAGCUGUGUUUGGGAAGAGUGUAGUGGAAAAGCUUACGAGUUUGAUCCAUGGAUAAGUUUGCAUAAGAUAAUUAUUUCCUCAGUUACUAUAAACUUCAGUAUUUUAGGCAUGUGCACUACCAUUUGAACAGUUUUACACUUCACUGUGCUUUCCUUGUAAAUAUCUGUCGUUAAUAUACUGUUAGAGGGACUUACAAAGGCAGCCUCUUUAUUCUGUCUGUAUCUGGAAAAUUAGAUUGCUGUGCUAUACUUAAAAGUUGACUGCAGACUUCUAGAAUUGUACUCACUUGUAGGCAGUUUUUGUCCUUCAUAAUAGUUAAAUUCCAUCAUGUGGAAAAUAGACUGUCUAUAUAAACCUGUGUAUUGGAAACCAGUAUCUCAGAGCACUUCAUUUGUACUACCACUGUAUUUGUGUACUUUAACAAUUGUGUAAAUACAUUCAUAAUAACUUCUA